UGUUACUUGUUAAACAUAACCUCAGAAACCUCAUUAAUCCGUUACGACUGGAUUAGCGGGAUAAAAUAUUCACAUUAUAUUUUUCAUUGUUUAUAAAUAUUAUUUCGGGCCAUCUGUUGCACAUUACAUUUUACAAACAGUCGCAUCGCACUUAUAAUUCAACCGCACUUAGAAUUUAUUAAUUCUAGCACAUAAAUUCAAACGCAACGAUUUUAUUUCAGUAGAUUUUGCACAUUUUUUGAAAUAAUUCGCAUCCACACUCAACUUUCAAGAUGAUUCAUAUCCGAAGCGUGCUGUCUGUAUGCAUCUUUUUAUGGGUUUGCAUAAAUACAACCUGGGCUCGACCACGUCCUGGUACAAUUGUCCCAGGCACUGCACCAGGUACAAACACAGCGAGUGGUGUUCUUGCAGGAGAAGUAUUAAAUUCAAAGUCGUCAUCAGAUGAUACCCCAGCUGGAGAACCAAGUUGUGAUCAAUUACGUGCCAUGUGGCGAUUUUCUAAGCGUCAAUCGCGUGCUGCGGAAAUGACCAAUGAAAUACCAUCGUACCGAGAUCCAUUUAUAAACAAUGUUUGGCAAGCACCAUUUGAUACAUAUGCGCGUUCCCGUAGUCUAGGAGGAAUGCGUGUUGGAUAUCGUGGAUAUCGACCGGUGUAUGGUCGUGUUGUACACAAAGCACCACGUGCCCGUGUUAUCAGUCAUCCAGAACGUAAUCGUGCCAUGGAAGAAGUAAUACGACUGUACGGGGAUUCAACACGUAAUGGUUUUCUAAUGGGUAACGCACCUUCAAAUCGUCGUCAGACACAAUUCCGUUUAUCUGGCGGCUAUGUUGGUCGUAAUAUUAAUCAAACCCCACACAGUGGAAGUUUCCAACAUUUAAAAGAAUUAAUUCGCACUGAACGAGCUCGUGAAUUACAACAACAACGUUUAGCCGAGGAGAUGGCUGCACGAGCAGCUGUACUAAAAGCAUCGGGUGGGGAUCUGAAUUCACGCAGACAUGCUUCAUCCAAAUACGCAUAUGAAACCAAUGGUGACGAGGAUGUGAUGAAUGACGAAGGUUCAAUGCGUGAUUACAUGAUGGUUGGCUACGAUUCAGGAGACACUAACAACAAUGCACCAGUUUUAACAUUCCCAGAUCCAGUUGCACCUCCCGCUUCAAUGUUACGUUCCACUAAUCCAAGAUUUUAUGAUAAACAGAAUUUGGACGAAGAUAAUUCCUAUUUUGACAGUGAUUUUAGUGAUACUGAUGAGAGCUUAUAAACUGACGGGGACAAUCAAAUUCGAACCAAAUUAUAAAUAUUAUUUACAAUUGUAAAUACUUUCCCAAAACACAAGCAACCAUUUACAAGA